GUUCCGGGGUCAGGGCCGUCAUUUCCUUCAAGGAGCUGAGCGCAACGGACUUGUUUUUCCUUCGCUCGGCUCGUAUCUCAGCAUGAAGGAGGUAAAGAGCGAGCGGGAGCGGGGGAGCCGUCGGAGGCACCGCGACGGGGACGUGGUGGCGGCGGCGGUGGUGGUGAAGGUGAAGCAGGAGCGCCUCAGCCCGGAAGCCGCGCCUCCCGCCCACCGCCGCCCAGAUUCCUCCGGGGGUAGCGCGUCCCCGCCAGCCGGCGACCCGGGCCGCCCUGGUCACCGCGGGAACCGAGCCCGAGGAGGUAGCCGGUCCCCAGCCAAAAAGAAAAACAAGUCCUCAGGGAGAAGAAGCAAGUCUCCUCGGAGUAAGAGAAGCCGAAGCCCUCACCACUCAACAGUCAAAGUGAAGCAGGAACGUGAGGAUCAUACCCGGAGAGGACGGGAGGAACGGCAGCACCGGGAAUCAUCAGGCCAGGAACACAGGCGAGCUAGAAACAGUGACCGCGACAGACACCGGGGCCAUUCUCACCAGAGGAGAAGCUCUAAUGAGAGGCCCGGGAGUGGACAGGCUCAGGGACGGGACCGAGAUGUUCAGAAUCUACAGGCUCAGGACAUAGAGCGGGAGUUUUACAACGCCCGAAGACGGGAGAAUCGCCAGAAGAACGAAGUUAGCGCUAGUGGUAAUGAGUCUCAGGGGUCGGUUCCCCGACCUGGGGGUAACAAUAAAGACAAAGAGCCACCCGCUAAAGAAAAGCCAAGCUUUGAACUCUCCGGGGCACUUCUCGAGGACACCAACACCUUCCGGGGUGUUGUCAUUAAGUAUAGUGAGCCCCCAGAAGCACGUAUCCCCAAGAAACGAUGGCGCCUCUACCCCUUUAAAAAUGACGAGGUGCUUCCUGUCAUGUACAUCCAUCGGCAGAGCGCCUAUCUCUUAGGCCGGCACCGCCGCAUAGCGGACAUCCCGAUCGAUCAUCCCUCCUGCUCAAAGCAGCACGCUGUCUUUCAGUAUCGGCUUGUGGAAUAUACCCGUGCUGAUGGGACAGUUGGCCGAAGGGUGAAGCCCUACAUCAUUGACCUUGGCUCAGGCAAUGGAACGUUCUUGAACAACAAGCGCAUUGAGCCACAGAGAUACUAUGAACUAAAGGAAAAGGAUGUACUUAAAUUUGGGUUCAGCAGCAGAGAGUAUGUCCUGCUUCACGAGUCCUCUGACACCUCUGAAGUAGACAGGAAAGAAGAUGAGGAUGAUGAAGAGGAGGAGGAAGUAUCUGACAGCUAGCAAUCUCGGAAGCAGCCCAAACUCUCGAGAGACCUUUUCUUUCUUUAAAGGUUUUGGGAUUGAGUCAGAGAGCACCACGGUGCUCUCUGUUAAUGCCUCUUAUUGCCUUAAGUCUUCGCUCUGUUGCUGACCACCUUAUGUUAUAGCAUAAGAAAACUGACUUCUGUUUGGUUGAACUUUAUUCUGUGGCACAUCAGCCCCUUGCCUGUGGGCAUUUGUUUUCAGAACAGUCUCACCAACACAUCGUGUUGCAGUAGAAGCAUCGUGGCUGUCCUUGGUGCUUUCAGAACUGCUUCCUAGGAAACCACAGACCCUUGGCUCAAGGGGAAUCGUGGCUUGUUCUCGUUGUACAGUUACUUUAUUUAUAUAGGUGUUAAGCUUUGUGGACUGGGUUUGUUUUUGUUUUUUUGUUUUUGGGGCAAACCCCAAUACAGAGAAUCUUACUAAGCUUUGGUUGUCACCAAAACAGCCUCCAUUAUAUACCAAAGCUUUAACCUGGUUGAGCUCUUGAGUCACAGAAGUUGAUUUUGCACUUCAUUUUUGGGGGGUGGGAACUUACCACAUGACCUCAUUAUUAACUGUUGGACUUAAACAGAUGCUUUAUGGGACGAGCUGAAGCUGCGACUGGGCAGGAGGAUCCUGGCUCCUGCCAGUGGAUGCUGAUCUAACGUCGAGAGGUUGAAAUGGGUCAUGGAUUGGUUUCCUGUGAGAGAAUUCCGAUUUCUCCAUAAAGCAUGUACAUAACCAUUUUGAUCAUCGUAUCUGUUCACUUUUGCAUUUUUAUUCAAAUGUUCUCUCUUUCCUUAUUUGCAAAACAGUGUCGUUCAUGUAGCACGGUCCUUGCUUUAUUCUAACAACGUAUGUAUAUGUGUAAAGGAGGUUGUAUAGUUGACGCGUUUCAUCUUUUUAGAAAAUGUUCAGAGAGGUUGUAUUUACUUUCCCAAGGCCGAGAAGCAAGGGAGUUGCCCUGUUUCCUAAUUUUCCACAGAGGAAUAUGUGUAAGUAGCAGAGUCGUAACUACUUACAUACACUGUGUGUGUGUGGUGUGUGUGUGGGUGUGUGUGUGUGUGUAUACAUAAAAGUGUGAGUGAAAGAGCUGCAUACUGAUUUUCAUAUGAGAAUGUUUUGUGAUGUAAAUGUGAUACUACAUUAUAGGCGAAGGCCUCCCUGCAUUUGAAUAGCAGGUUUUCAUUUAUAUGUAUUUUUGGGAUAAAAAAAUAAUAAAAUUUGUAAAUAUAGCCCCAUUUCAAAGGGUUUUUCUUUCUUGGCAGAAGGACCUUGUGUUUAUAAGUCUGUGUGUAGCCACAGUCAUCUUUGCGUCAGGACUUUGGAGGUAAAAAGUAGUUUACUAGUUUACCUAGUAAAUUCCUAGUAGUUGCAGAGGGUGUGCUGUGGUAAGACCAGGAAAUAGUGAAGUUGGGGCCAGCAGCAGCUCUGGAAGCCAGACCCUCACACGUCAGCAAGUGAUUCCUGGUCCCGUGGCAGUAGCAGUGUUUUCUGAGUUGGCAGCAAAGGGGUUUUCCUAGUCUGUUGGGGCAGGUUCUACAUAGCAGGGCUUGUACCAGUGAUUCCCUGUCCCUGCUGUGUUGCUUGCGGGGUGGCGGGUGGGGAGGGGGUAAUGCUGCUCAGUGCUGCAGUCCUCUGUUAGCUCCUCUUGGAAACUUGUGAUGCUGUGAGAUGGUCUUUCUCCCACCUACCAAGGGUAGGUCUCACCUACCCAUGUGGACUCAGGACUAAGUGCUGACUAGUGUGGGGAGCGGCAGCUGACUAGCGUUUAUGCCAAAGAAAGGAAAAGGUCCCCUUAAAGAGUGAAUACUUAAUGAGGUCAGUUAGACAUAGGGAAGCUCUAAUGUCAAGAGAGCAGUUAGCAUCCCCGCCCCCAUGUGCUCCACAGUGGGCACUGUGACUGGUAUUUUCCUAUCUGCCAUAGAGCCUCUAUAGCAUCUGUGUCUGUCUGAAAGGUUUUGCUUUGACGGAUCCCAGCUGAUGGAUUUCUCUUGUUGGAAUCAGGUGCUAAUUUGGCCUCCAGGGCCUCCUGUUCAGUUUGUGCUCCUACUAUUGCUUUCAGGUAGCCUCCAGCUUUGCUGCAAACACCAUCCUGUUGGGCAGCACACUAGGUGUGACCACUUGCCUCCAUUCUUCAGUAAAAGGUCCCAAUUGUGAAGUAAACUUGCUUUAGUGGAGGAAUAGCUUCUUGCAUUAAAAGAUUCAUGCCAAACAUCUGGGAAGGUGCCCCCCCUCACCCUCCUCCAAUAUGCUGACAUGCUUUUUUUUUUUUUUUUU